GCCGCCGCGGCACAGUCCUCCCGCUCGCGAAACGGAACGCACGUCGGUUCCAAAUUCGAAAUUUCGACCACCCGCCUUUUUAAACCAAUCAGCGUUACGCUUGUGUGAAACAACCAAUCAAAACCAAUUAGUGCAUUCAAAAACGGAUCUGUGUGUCACAGGUGGAGUGCGAUGCUGACUAUCACCGCCGUGGUGAAUGGUUUUCUCAACGAAUUCAUAUUUACAGACGACAAGAGCCCCACCGAAGAGGAAGCAGCGACCAAAAUCCAAGCAGCCUUCCGCGGACACCAGACCAGGAAAUCCAUCAGCAUGAAGACCAGCAAGCCCCAGCAGCAGCAGCAACAGGAGCCGGAGCCCACCCGCGCCGAGCUGGAGGCGGAGUUCCGUGCUGACGACAAAGACCUGUGCAGCGCCGCCACAAAGAUCCAGGCGUCCUUCCGCGGCCAUCAGGCGCGCAAAGUCACCCAGGCGGAGAAGGACAAAGAACUACAGGAUUUGCAAGAUAAGGAAGACAUAGAAAAGAUCGACCUCACCGAUCCCAACCUGAACAAGGCAGCCACCAAAAUACAGGCCUCAUUCCGCGGCCACAAAGUCCGCAAGGACGUCCCCAACUAAGGUGACCAUGAGUCUCUGGCUUCAAGUCUCGACUUUACUUUCUCCUGAACCACUGCCUCUUAUAAACUCUCUUCGACGAGCUUUUGUGUAGCUUUAACGUCCUAUUGUAGAUGUAUUUCAGUUUUCUGAAGGUCAAUUUCCGAUUUCUAGCUUACGUAGUCUGUCUUAGUUUUUACUCGCUUUAAGGAUUUUUAUAAAUAAAAUAAUAACACACUGACACAAAAUACUAUGAAGAAUACUCGAAAAGGGGUUUAAAUUGAGGGUAACGGCGAAAAAGUAACUUAGUCUAAUUAAUAUAUAUCGACAGUGUGACAUUUUUACGGGUUUUAUCGAGCUUAAAUCCUAUAGAGCAUUCUGCUAACGACAUUAACUACAUACAACUACAAACAAUUAUAUUUCGAGUAUUUUAAUCUCAUCUACGUAUAGCUUGCAGGAAUUGACCUUCAGGUUCAGUGGGCUGUUUACUAAUGAAAAAAUAUUUGGGGACAAUCAUACAAAAAUCGACCUAGCCCCAAACUAAGUAAAGUUAAAGAAAGCUUGUAGAGCGAGGGAUUUUGAUUAUUUUUUGUUAUUUGGGUGGUUGGAGUCAGAGAGCCGUUUACUAGUUAUAUAAUGAGUAAUUGUGAACGAUAUGUCAAUUCGUUACUCAUAUGUAUCACUAUGUCAAUUUUUACCCUUUUACUAUCUUCUAUUGACAUUGAGUUGACGUGUCUCAUAAAUACCAAAGAGUAGAAUUAAAUCGGAAUGAAUUGAACUAUUUAUAAUAAUAAAGUAUGUAAUAUACCUCUAACUGUCCCGUCUUUUCUUACUAAACUUUUGGUAACACUACUUCGCGAAACGAUAUUGAAUUUCAUGCAUUUUGCUUUCUUUUAUAACAUUCCAGUUCUUUCAAUGUUUGUUGAAAAUGUAAGAUUUUAUUUUAGAAUAAUGUAGAGUAAGAUAUUUAAAUAGUUUUAGCGAGAGAAACUGCUUUUUUCUGUUAAGAAUAUUAACACUUUUUAAGAUAUUUGGUUUAGCAAUUUGUUAUUCCAUUUUCAAUUAUUGUUGUUAUAUGUUUGUUUGUUUCUCAUCGUAUUUAUAUUCAGCUGAUUGUUCCUGUAUUUUGCUGGAAAAUGUUAGGAUUUUUGUUAAAUAAAAUAUUUAAUAUUCGCCUAUAAUAAU